CUUUUCCCUCUCCAAAGUCUCUCUCUUUAACUUCCUUUAUUUAGUAUCCAGGUUUCUCUGCGACAUUUGCUCAAACACCCACCACACAAUUGCCAAAAAUAACCAUCUGCCAUGCCUUCUAUUUUGUUGAGGAUUUUCCUUCUGUACAACCUCCUUAAUACAAUCCUGCUCUAUUUGGUUCCCAAGAAGGUUAGGACAUACCUCCCCCCUUCUUGGUACCCCCAACAAAUCAAUCUUGUAGACACCAAACAUCCCCUUUCAUCUUCUUCUGCUGAUUCUUCUCUGUUACCAUCCUCACCUUCGGCUCGAGUUCCAUAUAGAAUGGACUCGGGCGAGCUAAAGCGUGUUUUCCAAUUGUUUGAUCGAAAUGGGGAUGGCCGGAUCACGAAGAAGGAGUUGAAUGACUCGUUAGAGAAUAUGGGUAUCUUCAUCCCUGACAAAGAGCUUACUCAAAUGAUCGAGAAGAUCGAUGUUAAUGGAGAUGGUUGUGUUGAUAUUGAUGAGUUUGGUGCAUUGUACCAAUCUAUAAUGGACGAGCGCGAUGAGGAGGAGGAUAUGAGGGAGGCUUUCAACGUGUUUGAUCAAAAUGGUGAUGGGUUUAUCACUGUGGAGGAGUUGAAAUCGGUCUUGUCGUCGCUCGGACUCAAGCAAGGGAGGACAGAAGAAGAUUGCAAGAGAAUGAUACUGAAGGUGGAUGUGGAUGGAGAUGGAAUGGUCAAUUUUAAUGAGUUCAAGCAAAUGAUGAAAGGGGGUGGUUUUUCUGCAUUGAGUUAAAGCAUUUUGAAGGGGUUUCAUAGGUUGUAAAUAUCUUUGUUAAAGGAAGGGAUCACAAAGAGUGGUGAUUACACAGGCUUUGCUCCGUCAAGUGCAUGUUUGGGUGGCUAAUUGUCAGUAUUGUUCAAAACCAACAGAGAGUGUGUAUUGAUGAUCAUGCAGAUCUGAAAUAUGUCUGCUCAUAUCUCUUGUUUUUUGUGAUUUGGGUCUCUUUCAAUACAUUUUUUUUUUCAAUUUUUCCCGAUAAUAGAUCAUUCACCAUUUAUUGACGGAAUUGACACAUUAUGUUGUGUGACCCGCUCGGACACAUGAUGGGUAACCUUCCUUUGCGAGAAUUUGAGAAAACAUGUAUUGGAGAAGAUUUGAAUACGUAUGACAUUCAGAUCUGAUUUUGCUAAAUGGCAGGAUCCCAUUGUAGAGAGGAAGGUACUGAGCAUCCUUCAUUUGGCUCUAAUACUUGAACUACAGGUUGAGUCACCAAUUUGUUGGCAUAUGUUGGAUGCGACAGACCGACCGUAAUUGAACUGAUUGCUACUCUUCAGGGGAAGAAGGUGAGGAUAUUGUAGGGAGCAAAAUUGUUAUCAAGGGCAAUGACAUUUUGAUUUGUGAGUCAUAUUUCUCCAAUGGUGCAAGAAUGGAUUGUAGUCGUUUUUAUGAUUUAUAAAUAUAUGUUCUUUGUGUCACUUUAAUCCUUUAUCUUUAAUUUAUGCACUUCAGUCCAUUAAAUUUUCAACUUAUUUUUGAAUUGAUGAAUACAUAACUUACAUGAAAAUUAUCAUUUAUGUGGCGUGUAGAGCUGUU